GCUGAGAAGUUAAAACAUCAUGUUCUUAUUAAUAUUUUUAAUAAUCGUCAUACUGUCCUGUCUCAGUCUCUUUGUGAUUCUGUUGCUAUUGCUUGGUUACUUUAUGCUGAACAUAUGUUAACACAAGAAGCAGUUAGUAGAGUGGUGUCAGCUAGUCCCUCUAUUCCUAAUCAACGUGAGGCUCUAUUAACUGCUGUCAAAGGAGCUGUUCAAACUGAUCCCAACAGUUUGCAUACAUUCGCUAAUGUAUUGUGUACAAUAAGUACUAAUGUAUCACUAGGACAAACUAUACUGGAUGAUAUUAGUAGGUAUUUUCCUGCUCCUGAUGAUCAUGAUUUACCAGCACAUGUAGUUCCACAUGCUGAGGCACUUAUUCCUGUUCAUAAAGAUUUGCUAAUGAGCUUCAUCAGCUCAAAAUCUCUUCCUUUAGAAGAAAUAAAAGAGUUUAUGUCUUUUUGCUGUAGCACUGAAAAUCUUAGAAAAAAAGUUAAGCAAUGCACUGAUAUUUCUGCUGUCUUGCAUCUUAUUCAAGAUGAGUGCUCAUUGACUGAUAUUAAGCUGCUUUGUAGUGUAGUAAAAGAAAUGAAAGUUGCGGAAGCUACAGAAUGCAUUGAGACAUAUGAAAUGGAGUUAAAAGAAUUUUGCAAGUCGCUCUCCAUCAGUCUUUCCUUAAAAAAAAAGGUUUGAUUUUGUUAAAAGUGAAACAGUUACUUUUAUUUUUGACUGGG